AUGGCUCCUGAACUUAAACUUCCAAUUUCCUCUCAUUUCACGGGACGUCUUACCUAUCGGGGUACAGAUAGGUUCAGAUAUAUCAAGGCCAAGUUUACUGAGAUGGAUUUGGUUGACACAGUGAAGGCUAGUCCUUUCGGACACUUUUGGGAAGCUGGAGAGUUGACUUUCUCCGGCGCGUUGGUCCACAGCCUCCUCUUACAAAAAAUGAAAGUGGACACAGAAAAGGAGGAUGAGGUUUGGUUUCAUGUAGGGAGAAAUGACAUGAGAUUCGGACGGAUAGAGUUUGGACUCAUUACUGGCUUACCUAUGGGUAGUGCCCCUACAGACGAGGAAAUACACGCCAAGUCCAACGACCAUCUAGUUCGGACUUAUUUUGAAGGGAAGAGUUCUGUUCAGUUGGACUCCCUUAUGCUCCAACUUGAGAGGUGCGAAGAUAAAGAUGAUGCCUACAAGCUUGGACUGAUCGCUUUCAUUGAAGGUGUAUUAGUAUCAAAGGAGGGCAAUGUCCAAGUUUGGCCUGAGAUGUUGAAGUUUGUUAACGAUCUCGAAUUCUUCUUUAAGUAUCCGUGGGGCGAGCGCGCUUUUCGUAAGCUGAUGGAGACAUUAGGAAAGAAUAUGCAACAUUACAAGGAUAAUGUUGACAAGAAGAAGGGGAAGAAGAUUGCUCAGGAGGCAAAGUACACUGUUAGUGGCUAUGUACCUGCCUUUCAGUACUGGGCAUACGAAGCAAUUGAGAAGUUGGGGAAGAAGUAUGCCCACUGCAACGGGACCAAGUUCCCCAGAAUGUUGAGCUGGAAAACACCGGAGGGCCAACGGAAACAAGAUGUUAAGGCAACCGACAUUGCACUGUUAUUCAACAGUCGGUUGGUGGUGAAGAAGUGCUUAUUUCCCCGGCCCAGUGAAGAGGCAUACUUCAAGAGUAUUAAUGAGGCGAAGACCAUCAACGAGGCCGUGACAAAGGCAAAUUUAGUUCCACCACCACCGGCACCUGAAGUACACGAGUCAUCUACUUCAGCAGGUCCUUCUGCUCUAACCAGUACAACUGUGGACACUGACCUUGUAAAGAGGUUGGAUAGCAUUGAGGCCCGGCUGGAGAAGCUUGAGUCCCAGCAGGAAGCCGUCAUGUUGGCACAGACGGGGUUAGUAAAUAGCCAUCUCAGUAUGAGGCGGUCCUUCACAGAGAGUCAGAAAGAUCUGAAGGAGACUCUACUGGCUAAGAUGGACGAGUUGAUGGCUAUGGUAAAAGGAGCGCCCACACCUGGAGAGCCCACACCUGCACCGCAAAAUGAGGAACAAGUGGAGAGUGAUAACGAAGAUGUCUUCCCAGAAGAUUGGGAAACAGAUGAUAACGAGGCACUGUCAACUCCAUUGGAAGCAAUUAUCACGGCCAUUGGGGAUACACAAUCACAGGACGAAGUCCUACUUCUACCUGGACCCCCAGAAAAUGUACCAUUUGUGAGGAAGAGGAAGCCGCCAAAGUACUUGAACGACUACACUGCGGAAAAGAAAAAGAGGCGAGUUCUUCCAGAGAACGUAGACCCGGAGAGACCAGCAAACCGUAGAUUGCUUCGUACGUUCAAGAGGUGGUUGAUUGGAGACAUUCCCAAUGCCCGACCUAGGAAUGUGCACACCGGUGUUGGCGAUGUCAAGUUCUUCACAACUUUGUUUCUUAGGGCGGAGUGGCUUCACGAUGAUCACAUAGAUGCCAUAUCACACUUGAUGAGGAGGAGACGCCAUCAUUUUCCAGAGUUGUACCCUCAGCCAGGUGUGAUUUUGGACACAACACUUCCACAAUUCCUCAUAGGCAUUUGGAGCUGCCAGACUGGUGACAGAAGUACGUUCGAAUGGCCAGAUGCAGUGAACAAGUACUAUCUGGGUAUGGAGAGCCGUUACAUGCCAUGUUUGAAGGAUUUGAACUUCAUAUACUUCGUCCUGUACUUCGAUCAUCAGAAACAUUGGGUUGUUGUUGAGGUAGAUAUUGAUAUGUGGCAGAUUCGGGUGUACGAUAAUGAUUUAUCAUGCACCACCGACGCACAGUUUGAUGCCAUCAUGCUACCUUAGACUGAGUUGUUUCCACAUCUGCUGAGGUCUACUGGCUAUUAUGAUCAAGUGAACAACAACAUUCUGAAUGUGGACUUAGGGGACAGUAGCCAACUCAGAUCAAUGCAUGCUAGACGCAUGCCAAGUGAGGUGGUUCCCCAAAGU